UCAUCAGUGGACAGGAGGGGUCUCAGGUUCAGACAGAGAAAAACUGCUUUUUCUACCGUAAAGAUAUUUUAUUUUGGUUUUUCUCUUCUGGUCCAACUGUCAGGAUGAGAUCUGCUGGACUUGUAUUCCUCUUUCUUCUUGUCACGCAUUCAGAAUCGUGGAGAAUAGAAGAUUAUAAGGAUCCACCAGCCAUAGGACAGCAGAGCCAACCAAUCUGGCAGAUUCCACAGGAACCAUGGUUACCUGUCCAACCCCCCACCCACCCAACCAAACCCUCAACCCAACUCUCCACACCUUUAGUAACCACUCCCGCCACUACAACCCGCCCUAAUCAAGUCACAACAGACGGGUUCCUGGGUCCACAUGAGUGUCUGGCUAAGAGUUUGACUCGGGCGUCUUGUGGCCUGGUGUUCUGUCGUCCUUGGGAGCGUUGCAUCAAUGGACAGUGCUCCUGCAAACCCCCCUACCUCUGUCCGUUUGAGAACGUACAGCCAGUCUGCGGGCGGGACAACAGGAGCUACCGCUCCUACUGCCAGGCUAUGGCACUCUCAUGUCGGACAAAGAGACCUGCCAUGUCUCACUUUGGGACAAACUGUGGAGUGAACCAUCCAAAGUUUGAAAGCUCAGUAGACCCAGAAACAGGAGUGGUAGAUGUCUUCAUUCCUGAAAAAGCAGGAGGUCCCGGAGAGAGGUUACUGGUGUGUUGGAAGGUGUGGAACAUGGCUGCCGCUAACGUUGCUUGCAGGGAGCACGGAUAUCCACUCGGAGCAGUGACUGCUGCGUCUGUGCCGUACAACUCCCUAAAUUUAGAAGAAAGACCUUUUCCAGAGAAGUGCGUUAGCAUCCGCUGCCAAGGGUUUGAGACAUCCCUAGCUGAGUGUUUAAUCUAUGACAAGAUAAGGAUUGGCAACAAGAAAGUGGCCACAGUUACCUGUUAUAAUCCAUCAAUGGCCUCUGAGGAUCAGCGUUGUGACUUUCAGUGUGUAAACACAAAGUGUGUGUCCUUAAACCAGACUUGUAAUGGAGUGGAUGACUGUGGCGACCGCAGUGACGAGAUGUGCUGCAAAAAGUGCAGGAACAAUAGUUUGCGCUGCAAGACAGGCGUCUGUGUCCACAAGGAGGCGCUGCAGGAUGGACAGAUGGACUGUCUGGAUGGCGAGGAUGAACGGAAGCUCACCAUGGCGAGCACCGCUGCAGUGGAAAAUAAAACACUGACUAACACAGAGUACCAUUCCCCCAUUAACGAAAUGGCAAACAACAGGAAGCAUCUGGAGUCCAAGUUGUACUGUGGUAUUCCCAACUCGACCACGGUGGACGACGAAGAUGUGGAGGAGCGAGGGAGGACAAGCCGAGUCAAGAGAGUGGUGGGAGGAAUCCCAUCAAAACCAACUCAGAUCCAGUGGCAGGUCGCUCUGGAGGAGAAGGGGAAGAUCGACUGUGGUGGCGCUUAUAUCGGGGGAUGCUGGGUACUCACUGCUGCUCACUGCGUCAGGCCCAACCCGUCUGCAUUUAGAGUGAAGUUUUCUCUGUGGAAGAAGACUCGAGCUCAGAACACCACCGACAUUGUUCCUGUCGACAACAUCAUCAUCCACCCAAAGUACAACGCCAGCUCCUACGAGAACGACAUCGCUCUGGUUCAGCUGGAGAAGCUUCCCUUCCAGGAGGAAUGUUUGGUAAAAAACCCGGCCAUCAGCGCCGUCUGUGUUCCCUGGACGACUCACCUGUUCCAGCCCAACCACACCUGCAGCAUCUCAGGAUGGGGACGCACUAAAGACGGUAAAACAUCUCAGGUGCUGCUGUGGGCCAACGUAUCGCUCAUCGAAGACUGUGGCAGGUUCUACAAUGACCGCUUCAAACCAGGCAUGAUGUGUGCAGGUGAUCUGGAAGGCAGCGUGGACUCCUGUCAGGGUGACAGCGGCGGUCCUCUGGUCUGUGAGGAUGAGCUUGGGGUUUCUUACCUGUGGGGCAUCGUGAGCUGGGGGGAGAGGUGUGGCCAGCCUGGAUUCCCUGGAGUUUAUACACAGGUUUCUCAUUACUUUGAGUGGAUCAGACUCCACACAGGCUGGUCUGCUGUCACCAAAUUCAACUCCUGAUGACUACAGAAUUCACACAGAAGCAAAAUAGAAACGCCACUCAGCUGAUCUGUACACGAUUUUCAAAAAGUCUACAUGUUUCAGAUGAAUUUAAUGGUUUUCAGUUUGUAUUCAUUUAAAAUUCUAUCUCAAUGUCAUCAGCAAAAUAAACUUAUUUGUUUAAAACUUAAACAUUAAAAUAA